AUGAAGGAGGCAAGCUACCACGACGAGAAGAUGGAGGCAUACUACAAUGCAGUGCGUCGCCUCGAGGACAAGUUCGACGGGCUCGAGCUUAACCACAUCGCACGCAAGUACAACAAGGAAGCGGACCAGCUGGCCAAGAUCACAUCCGAGCGGACCACCGUUCCCUCGAACGUCUUCACCCGCGACCUUGCUAAGCCGUCUGUCAACUUCAAGAACCCUGUAGAAGCCGUUGGAGCAGUGCCCGGACCCUCGGGGGCUGCAACCACGGGGCCAUCAGCCGAGGACCCCUCGACAGAGGAGCCUGAGGCCAUGGACACUGACUUCGAGACCUCCUCUGCACGGCGCAUCACUAGGCGGGCCAAGUCCUUCAUUCUGAUCAACGACGAGCUGUACAAGCGCAGUCCCUCAGGUGUUCUGCAAUGA